AUGAAUUAUAGAUUUUAUCCACAAGACUGUCAAGACCUACUACUAAGAGGUUACAGAGAGAGUAAGGUGUAUACCAUUUACCCAAAUAAAGGAACUGGGUUCCAGGUCUACUGUGAUCAGAGAAAUGAUGGCGGUGGAUGGACGGUUAUACAGAGGAGACAGGAUGGAUCAGAAAAUUUCUUUCGAAACUGGAAUGACUACAAAAACGGAUUUGGGAAUUUGUCAAAUGAGUUUUGGUUAGGAAAUGAAAAGAUCCACACAAUUACAAACUCAAGGGAUUACACUUUACGGAUAAAUUUAAAAGAUUUUUCGAGAAAUUCCCGAUACGCAAGCUACAAGAAAUUCAGUGUUGGAAAUGAGGCAUCAGGAUAUAUUUUGAAGGUCUCAGGUUACAGUGGAAAUGCUGGCGACUCAUUUAUGUCCCGACAUAAUAAUGUCAAAUUCGUCACCAAAGAUCAUGGCGAUAGGGAAGGUUGUGCAAAGUCUCAUAAAGGCGGUUGGUGGUACAAGUCCUGUCACCUUUCUAAUCUGAACGGACUCUACCUGAAAGGAAAGCAUAAAUCAUAUGCCAACGGCGUGAACUGGUAUCACUGGAAAGGAUAUCAUUAUUCCCUAAAGUUUACGGAGAUGAAAAUUCGGAAAUCACAAAUCUGA